UGGAAAGAGAUUCGCCCUUCACUCAUCGUCGGAGUCGCGCGAAUCGGACAUCGACUGCUUCGAUCAUCGACUGCUUCUCGAUCAUAGACGUUCGUUUGUCUCUUUUCGACUUGAAAAGCCUUCGGUCUUUCUCGAACCAUGUGGCGACCAGUUUCCGCGUUGACCUUGGUCAGCGUAGCCUUGGUGGCGGCGUUGCCCGCGGCGCAGCAAGACGGCGGCCUCAAGAGCCUCGUCAAUUCGGCGUUUAAUCCCACCACGACCCCGCAAUCGGUGCCUCAAAUAGACGGCGAUGAUGUCGACAGAUUAAUCAAGGAGGUAUACAACAUCGGCGACGACACUUCCAACCGCGCUGUGACCCUCGGCAUUCAAAACACGCCGCCCCCGAAGCCCAACAACUGCGAAUGCGUGCCCUAUUAUCAGUGCAAGAACGGCACGAUCGAGGACAAAGGAAUCGGCAUCAUUGAUAUCAGGUCCGGUUUUGACGAUGAUAACAAUGCGACCCAGGGAGGACUCGGGCCCUGCGAAAACUACUUGGACGUUUGCUGCAAGCCGCCGGAUAUGCAAACGCCGACCACGCCGACGCCAAUCGGCAGAAACGGAUGCGGGCAGCGGCAUCCUGACGGAGUUGGUUUCAGAAUCAUCGGCCAGACCGACAACGAGGCUCAGUUCGGCGAAUUUCCGUGGAUGGUGGCCAUUCUGAAGGAAGAACCUAUCGGCCCGGACGGAGAGAAAUUAAAUGUUUAUCAGUGCGGCGGAGCUCUUAUCCACAGACAAGCCGUACUUACCGCGGCUCACUGCGUUGUUGGGAAGCAACCCCGAGAGCUGAGAAUUCGCGCCGGGGAAUGGGACACGCAAACGAAGAACGAGAUCUAUCCUCAUCAGGAUCGCGACGUUGAGAAAGUCGUCGUUCACAAGGAUUUCCAUUCGGGCGCGCUCUACAACGAUUUUGCCAUCCUGAUCCUCAAAGAUCCGAUUGAGUACGCGGAGAAUGUGGACAUCGUGUGUUUACCGGAAUCAAACGCGAUCUUCGACACCUCCAAGUGCAUAGCCAGCGGAUGGGGAAAAGACGUAUACGGCAAAGAAGGACGUUACCAAGUGAUCUUGAAGAGAGUGGAGCUUCCUACAGUGCCUCAUGAUACGUGUGAAAAUAUCAUGCGUACCACCAGGUUGGGAAAAUACUUCUCUCUGCACAGGAGCUUCAUCUGCGCGGGUGGUAAAGCAGGAAAGGAUACUUGCAAGGGCGACGGUGGAAGUCCUCUAAUUUGUCCUCUGUUGAACGAUCCGAAGAAGUAUGUUCAAGUUGGAAUUGUGGCCUGGGGACUUGGCUGCGGUGAUGACGGAAUACCCGGUGUUUAUGCCAAUAUAGCGUACGCUCGCCAAUGGAUUGACGAGCAAAUGACCUUCAACAAUUUGGAUAACAGCGUCUAUCAGUAUCCGAACUAAUCAGCGCGUUUUGUACGCCCAAUAUUUUCAGUCGUGCCAAAUUGUGCUCUCAGAAUCAUUUAUCAAAGAUAAUUUGUUUUCGUACUGAAUACUUUUUUUUUUUUGUAUUAAAAUAAUUUUGUACUUCAAUGGAAAGUGAUGUUCGACAAGCUGUAUGUUGACUUAAUACUCAAACAAAAUAGAGUAAGAUUCAGCGAAUCUCCUUAGUGUUAAGAAAAUCACGUUGCAUUUUGUGUUACACUUCACAAUUUGAAUUCCGUUUUUAUAAAAGUUUGUUGAAAUGAUUGUAGAUUUAUAUUUUACACAAAUAAGCAAACAGUCAAUGAAUUUUGUCACAAGCAAGCAAUCAAUGUAGCUUAUAUUUUAUAUGUGCGAUAUAAUAAAUAUACAUUUUUAUUAUUU